UCAGCAACUAAGAAGGCGGAGGUUUGGCGGCGUAAACAGUUAAGGAGAGAUGAGAUCAACGUUCUGCCGAAGGACCCAACUGAGAUGGUUAACUUAUUUAUAAGUUCUCCCUAUGUCAUGGCAGUGCGACAGCAGUGGAAGAACGGUAAUCCUUCCGUGUGGAGAGAAAUGAGGGGGAUACUGCUAGUGGAAAUGGUUGUAGGAAUGGAACGAGGUGCGGGAGUUACGCAACAUGAAACUUAAAUUUGCUGACACACGAGAUGGCCUUCAUCUUUCUACAAAAUUAUUUAUGGCGGAUGCCAAUGAUUUCUGCAGAUCUGUGAGCAACAAGAAAACAACAAAAGAGUUUGUUACAUCUGUUAUGGACACCUCUGGACUAACUUCAAAACAAACUGAAGAAGUAAGAUUAAAAAGAAAGAGGCCAAGGAUGCCAACAGUGAUGUUAGAUGGAGAGAGUGUGCACAAGAAACAAGAAAUUAAACCUUUGGGAACAAAAGAGGUCCGUCUUGAUUACAUAUUAGACGUGGAGAAGAGCCUGAGUUUGAGAGACCUAAAUAUGGAGUGGGUGAACCAUUUAAAAAAUGAGAUUAUCAGAGACCCCACAGUGGUAACAACUGUUCCUCUGCUGUUAAAAGGAGACAAGGUAUCAUCAAUAGAUCACAUUGAGGAGGAUGCAAAGUUCUACCCACUGGGAGGAUGCCAUCUUAUUAAAGCAAUAAAGAGUGCAGAAACAUCCAUUAGAAGUAUCAAUGCACAUAUCUACACUGGACUUACAAAUGAAGAGGCUCUGAAGGUGGCAUCCAUGCACAAUAUGAAAAUGGAGCAUCUGCCACUAAGUUUUCAGGAUAAGGUGAACUUGGGACGACGUUUGUUAACACAAAAUGGGACAGAAAAUCUCCAAGGCAGGCUGGCAGACAUACUGACUGCUGUGCUAGGAAUGAAAAUAAACAGGAACAGUCUUUCCACUAUAAUCUCGGUAUGUAAAUACGAAGAUGAACAAUUUACACUCUUCCGCAAAAUUGUUGCCGCUUCCGAACAAAGAGGAGAAAAGAGUGUAAAUGCAAAGGUAUCAAGAUAGACAUCAUUCCAUUAUAAUAU